AAACUGUCAUUCAUCCACACAUUCAUCUAUUCAUCUGUCGAUGUCAUCGAGUCGAGGCUAGUUGCACCGAUUUUGUAAAUUUCCAAAUUAUUUUAGUAUUUUUGGUUAAUUUGUCUUACAGAUUAUAUUUAAUACCAGGCCGGCAAAUCCUCACCUAAAAGGUCUUGUGGCCGGGCAAUUUGAACGCCUCGGGCUUCGGCCUGUGGGCACCACCCACCGGGAACACACUCAUUCUCCGGAUACAAUAACUAUUUGUAAACUUGUGUUGGCACUUCAAUAUUACUUAUCUAUUUCACAAUAUUUUGGAGCAGCACAAGUUCAUCAUGUCGUGGAACAGCGGUUAUAAUUACAAUAACCAAUACCAUGAACCUAAUGUAUGGAACGGUGACCCUAAUGCCCAAUUUGUCAAUCAGAAUCCCAAUUACUAUGCAAACAAUCCAGGCAACCAGUAUGUUAGUUUUGAUCAAUUUCUAUCCCAGAUGCAGACCAAUGGCACCUCACAAUCAGCUUCCAAUGACUUCAACAGUGUUCAAUACCAGAAUUAUACUGGGAGUGAGGGGAACAGCUUUGCUGGAGCAAGCAUGGUGCAAGCCACCCCACAACUUGAAUCAUACAACUUCCAUGUGAAUGCGUCUAGCGGUGCUGAGAUGUACCAGGCCGCGGCGCAGAUGCAGUACCCUGCUGUCGCUAACGGAUAUGAGGGAGAGGUUGCAUUUAAAUCUACCCUCACACCUACUGCCACUGAAUUUGUGCCUAAAAGUGUUGCAGUCCUGCCCCCUAUUGAAAAUGAUAAAACCUUUGAGCUGUCAACUCAUCUAAAUGGAGUAAAUAACAAAACAAAUAGAAACAGUUCUGAGAAAAAUUGGAGGGACCGGCCAAGUGGUAGUGAGCAAUCCCAAGGAAAACAUAAGACCAAUAAUAGAAACCAAGAUAAUGAUUCUAGUUUAAUAAACAAUUAUGAUAGUGCUGAAUCAGGCCAAUACCCUCCAGAACCAAGCAUAGCAAAUAAGAAAAAUAAUUCUAGAAAAGAAUCUAGUCCUAGUGAUGAAACUAACCAUAAAAACAAUGAGUCUAAUGCUAGAGAUACUGAUUCCACUUACUCUAGAAAAGGAGACUAUUAUUCAAAACAUCAACAUGGCAAAAACAGAGACUACAACUCUAAGAGUCAGGACACAGGUCAUAGAAACCGUGACUCAAAUUCUAGAAACCAGGAUAACUACAGGAACCAAGAUAAUGGUUCUAGGUCUGAUUACAGGAAUCAGGAAAGUGGAUCCAGAUACGAAAACCGAAAUCAGGAGGAUGGGUCAAGACAUGAUAACAGACAUCAGAAAGGUGGGUCUAGACACAAAGAUAGAAAUCAGGAGGGUGGGUCAAAAUAUGAUGGUAAAAAUCAAGAAAGUGGAUCUAGGUAUGACAGUAGAAAUCAGGAAGGUGGGUCAAGGUAUGACAACAGAAAUCAAGAUAAUGGGUCAAGAUAUGAAGGUAGAAAUCAGGAGGGUGGGUCAAGAUAUGACAAUAGAAAUCAAGAAGGUGGGUCAAGGUAUAAAGGUAGAAAUCAGGAGGGUGGGUCAAGAUAUGACAACAGAAAUCAGGAAGGUGGGUCAAGGUAUGAAGGUAGAAACCAAGAUGGUGGGUCAAGAUAUGACAAUAGAAACCAGGAAGGUGGGUCAAGAUAUGACAGUAGGAAUCAGGAAGGUGGGUCAAGGUAUGAUUACAGGAAUCAAGAUGAUGGGUCCAGAUAUGACAAUAGAAAUCAGGAAAGUGGGUCAAGAUAUGAUAAUAGGAAUAAUUCUGAAUGUAAUAAUCAGAAAGGCAAAAGUAAAGAUUCUUUUGUCGGUGGCACUUUUUAUAACAGCUCAGUGAGUUCAGAUAGAAAGAGUCAGGAUCCAAGGAAUAGCAAGGGGUCAGAAGGUCCUCUCAGUAAUAAUCGUAACUGGGCGGGUAGCCAGCGACUACGGUCGGAGAGAAAUGUCAUGGAUGAUGAACAGUAUGCUAGUAACUACAUGCCAUACAGGGAGGAAAGGGCCAGCAAAGGACAGGAGAGAGGCAGUAAAGUCCAAGGAGCCUCUAGUCCAAUGAGAAACAAGAGUAAGAACAGCAACGCACACAAUGAUCAUGCAGGUGCAUCAGAUCUAACGCAGCGGGAGAGGCUCUCGGAGCAGCUGGACAAGGGCACGCUGGAAUGCCUGGUGUGCUGCGAGCGAGUCAAGCAGACCGACUCGGUGUGGUCGUGCGGCAACUGCUAUCACGUGCUGCAUCUCAGGUGUAUUAGGAAGUGGGCUAUGAGCAGUGUUAUUGAAGGCAAAUGGCGUUGCCCCGCCUGCCAGAACACGAGCAGCACGGUGCCCACCGAGUACCGCUGCAUGUGCGGCGCGACCCGCAACCCCGAGCACGUGCGCGGCGGCGCGGCACACACGUGCGGGGGCGCGUGUCGGAGGGGGCGCGCGUGCGUGCACCCCUGCACGCUGCCGUGCCACCCGGGGCCGUGCCCGCCCUGCCAGGCCACUGUUAGCAAACAAUGCGGGUGUGGCGCGGAAACCCGCUCAGUGCUCUGCAGUAGCAAGCUGUCCCAGCUGUGCGCGGGCAGCUGCCGCCGCAAGCUGAACUGCGGCAAGCACGAGUGUGGCAAGGACUGCCACGAGGGGCCGUGUGAGGAGUGCCAGGAGACUGUCACACAAGUAUGCUACUGCCCAGCCGCCAAACCCCAAACCGUCGCCUGCACAUCCAGCACCGCCACGCGCGUGCACUGGUCGUGCGGGUCCGCGUGCGCGCGCGUGCUCGCGUGCGGCGCACACGUGUGCCGGGCCGCGUGCCACGCGCCGCCGUGCGCGCCGUGCAGGCUCGCGCCCGACCAGGUGGUGACGUGCCCGUGCGGGAAUAAGAGAAUAGAACCAGGAGCCCGCAAGUCGUGCACGGACCCGAUCCCGCUGUGCGGCAACAUCUGCGCCAAGCCGCUGCCGUGCGGGCCCGCCGGCGACAAGCACUUCUGCAAGGUCGAGUGUCACGACGGCGAGUGCCCCGGCUGCCCGGACGCGACGGUGCUGCAGUGCCGCUGCGGGCACUCGAGCCGCGAGGUGCCGUGCGCAGAUCUACCCGCCAUGAUUGAUAAUGUGUUCUGUCAGAAGAAGUGUAAUAAGAAACUAUCGUGCGGCCGCCACCGUUGCCGCUUGCUCUGCUGCGCGCUGGAGUCGCACCGCUGCCAGCUGCCGUGCGGGCGCUCGCUGACCUGCCAGCAGCACCGCUGCGAGCAGACCUGCCACACCGGCCACUGCGCGCCCUGCCCGCGCCUCGGUUUCACGGAGCUCCGUUGCGAGUGCGGCGCGCAGGUGCUCCUGCCCCCGGUGGCGUGUGGGACGCCGCCGCCGGCGUGUACUGCGCCGUGCCGCCGCGCGCGCCCCUGCGGCCACCCGCCGCACCACUCGUGCCACGCCGGCGACUGUCCGCCCUGUGUCGUGUUUACCACGAAGCAGUGUUAUGGCGCCCAUGAGGAGCGCAAGACGAUCCCGUGUUCCCAAGACGAGUUCUCCUGUGGUCUGCCCUGUGGAAAGCCGCUACCUUGCGGCAAACAUACUUGCAUCAAGACCUGCCACCAGGGACCUUGCGAUACCACCAAAUGCACCCAACCUUGCGCCGAGCCGCGGUCCUGCGGGCACCCGUGCGGGGCCCCUUGCCACCCCCCUACCGUCCCCCCCGCGCCCCCCGCGCGCUGCCCCGCGCCCACCCCAUGCCGCCGCGCCGUCACCGUCACGUGCCCGUGCGGACGCCGCUCCGCGCAGUCGACUUGUCAUGAGAACACUGCGCUGCAUAACAAGAUGGUGAGCGCGCUCGCGGCCGCCAAGAUGCAGGAGGGCGGCACCGUGGACCUGGCCGAGGUGUCGCGCCCCGGGGCCAGCCUCAAGUGCCUAGAAUGCGACGACGGCUGCCGAGUAGAACAGCGCACGCGGCAGAUGGCGCUGGCGCUGCAGAUCCGCAACCCGGACGUGUCGGCCAAGCUGGCGCCGCGCUACGGCGAGCACGCGCGCGCGUGGGCGCAGCGCGACCCCGCCUUCGCGCAGCAGGUGCACCAGGCGCUCACCGACCUCGUGCAGAAGGCUAAGAAGUCGAAGCAGAAGACCCGCUCGCACUCGUUCCCGUCGAUGAACUGGCAGAAGCGGCAGUUCGUGCACGAGCUGUGCGAGCACUUCGGCUGCGAGUCCGUCGCGUACGACGCCGAGCCCAACCGCAACGUGGUAGCUACCGCUGACAGGGAGAAGUCGUGGCUGCCGGCGAUGUCGGUGCUGGAGGUGCUGUCUCGCGAGGCGGGCAAGCGCCGCGUGCCGGGGCCCGUGCUGCGCGCGCCCGCCAACACCGCCGGCACCGCCGCCGCCGCCGUCGCGGGCGGAGCCGCUAGCAAGCCGUCUUCAAGCGGCUGGGCAACACUAACUUCGACCAACGCGUGGGCGGCGCGCAGCCAGCCCAAGCCCGCCCCUGCCGCUGCCGAACCCAAGAUAGACUACUUCGACAACCCGCCCGAGUGAUGGCAACGCCGCCCUGUCGGCCACUGUUAGCAAUUUUAUAAGUCAACCUUUACUGUGUAUGGCUGAAUGAUUUUCUUGUUAAAAUGGCGUUUACACGAUAAGGGUAUGCUUAGUCCUAGUUCGACUCGGUCAGUGCCUACUCUAAAUGUGUUCUUCUAAAAACUUGAUUAAUUAUCUUGUCAUGGAUACAAUAUUAUAACAGUGAAAACAAAAAACGUAGCACAAACAUUUCUCAGAAAUAGCCCCUGGGUCACCUUAUUCACAGAGUGUGGACCAAUCCACACAUGUAAUAGUUAUCAUCAUUUAUGUAUGCCUUGUAAUAUUGUGUCUAUGUCAGUGUAAACUGGUUUUCAUUUGAUAUAUUACAAGUCUAAUGGCCUAAUUUUAUUUAUAAAUACGCGCAAGAUAGGGUCGCGGGCGAACCACUUUCUAAGCGUAUAAUAACGAUAGUAAAUAAUUGAGAUAAUCUGGACUGCCACUUUACGAUCAUAUUGCUCUUAUAUAAUAUUUUAAUUUUCUAUGUAUAUUUUAUGGGUGAUCACUUUUUGUAAAAUGGUUUUGAUGCCAGCACAGAAUAACUUCAAAUCACUAUUUAACCGAGAUAACAAC